GAUUUAUAGGGGUUCAGGUUGAUAAAACUGCAGAAAUAAACUGCAUGAUUUUGUGCUAGUAUACAAGUGUAAUACAACCAUAUGAAAAUGUCAUAUUUCUUCUUACUUCCUACAAAAGUCCUGCUGUCUAUGCUAUAUCUCAGCAUGGCUUGGUUUCCCUUGCUGGUAAGUUCCGAAAAUCCGAUCUCAGAACAGGCAAUCCUGCUGAAAAUCAAGCAGCAGUGGGGUAAUCAACCCUCAAUGCAACAAUGGACUUCAACCAGCUCCCCAUGCCUUUGGCCCGGAAUAAAUUGCACCGGUAGCGAAAGCAUAACCGGAAUCUCCCUGAAUAGCCAAAACAUCGACGGAGAGAUCCCUUCGUCCAUUUGUGAUCUCAAAAAUCUCACCUUCCUUGAUCUUGGAAACAAUUUCAUCCAAGGUAAUUUCCCCACUUUUUUAUAUAAUUGCACCAAGCUCCAAACAUUAGUCCUAGCUUCGAACUACUUUGUUGGGCAACUGCCAAAUGAUAUAAAUAAGCUUUCUCCUAAUCUUCAACACCUUCAUCUUAGUGAGAACAACUUCACUGGUAGUAUCCCUGCUUCAUUGGCUCGACUCGAAAGGUUGAUCACCUUGCAUUUGGAUUCCAAUUUGUUCAAUGGUACAUUUCCUUCACAGCUAGGAAAUUUGGAGAACCUUGAAGAAUUGGUGUUAACUAACAACCCAUUUACCCCUAUGAAAAUUCCCAAUGAAUUUGGAAUGCUUAAGAGCUUAAGGUUUCUUUGGAUGGAAAAAUGCAAUUUGAUUGGUGAAAUUCCAAAUGAUUUUGCUAGCCUUAAGAGCCUUGAGCAUUUAGACUUGGUGGAAAACAACUUGCUUGGCGAAAUUCCAAGUGGGUUGUUCUUUCUCACGAACUUCACAUACAUUUACUUGCAUAAAAAUAGGCUAUCAGGGGGAAUUCCAGCCUCGAUCAACUCUUUGAAUUUGAAGGAAAUCGAUCUCUCGAACAAUAAUCUGACAGGAACAAUCCCUGAAGGAUUUGGAAAUUUGCGAAACUUAGAAAUCUUAUACUUAUUUCAGAACCAAUUCUAUGGAAGAGUACCACCAAGUAUAGGCCUACUUCCUUCUUUGAAGAGUCUGAAGUUGUUUAGCAACCAGUUUUCAGGUCCACUUCCCCCAGAAAUGGGCCGACACUCGAAACUCCAUGGCUUUGAGGUAUCAGACAAUGCAUUCACAGGCAAACUGCCAGAGAAUCUUUGCUUCAACGGGAGGUUGUUAGGUGUUGUGGCAUUCAACAAUUAUCUGAAUGCGACAAUCCCAGCUUCUCUAGGCCAAUGCGACUCUUUGCUUGUAGUUUUACUCAGCAACAACAGCUUUUCAGGUGAAAUUCCUAAAGGCUUAUGGUCUCUGCUGCAUGUUCAGACAAUAUUACUUAGCAACAACCAAUUUUCAGGCCAGCUUCCUGAGCAUUUGGCUUGGAACUUGAGUCGCGUGGAAAUCAGCAACAACAAAUUUUCAGGGGAAAUUCCGUCGAGUGUAAGCACUUGGAGAAAUUUACAGGUGUUCGCUGCAAGCAACAAUAUGAUCACAGGUACUGUUCCAUUGGAAUUAACUAGCCUUGCGCGCCUUAACACUCUCUUGUUCGAUGCAAAUCAACUCACAGGUCAGCUUCCUUCACAACUUAUCUCAUGGCAAAGCUUGAACAGCUUGAAUCUCUCCUACAACAAGCUUUCUGGCUCAAUUCCCUCGGUUCUUGGCUCUUUGCCUGUUCUUAAUUAUCUUGAUUUGUCAGAUAAUCAAUUUUCUGGCCAAAUUCCACCCGAAUUGGGCAGCUUAGAGCUCAAUUCACUUAAUCUUUCGUCCAAUGAGCUUACUGGGAAGAUACCUUAUGGGCUUUAUAACAGUGCAUUCAAGGCUAGUUUCUUGAACACCAACCUAUGCUCUGAUGAUAGAAUUUUAGACCUCCCAAACUGCUCAAUUCAUCGAAAAAAUCCAAAAAAGUUGUCCUCAAAAUAUAUAGCUUUAAUUAUAGUCCUUACUAUAGUUGCCUUCCUAGCUGUAAUAUACUUCAUGGUGGUCAUAAUAAAUGAAAUCAGGCAACGAAAGAAUAAGCAAGAACGCAAUACAUGGAAACUGACCUCUUUCCAUAGGAUACACUUCACAGAGCAGAAAAUCCUUAACAACUUAACCGAGAACAACGUUAUUGGGUUUGGAGGAUCCUGCAAAGUUUACAGGAUACCAUUUAAUCAAUCAGGGGAAGUUGUCGCAGUUAAGAGAAUAUGGGACAGCAGGAAUAAGAGCAACAGUUAUGAAAAAGAGUUCACUGCAGAGGUCCAAAUUCUAGGUACAAUAAGGCAUCUCAACAUAGUGAAGUUACUUUGCAGUAUUUCAACUGAAAACUCGAAAUUGCUUGUUUAUGAGUAUAUGGAGAAACAAAGCUUGGAUAAAUGGAUCCAUGGGAGUAAAAGACGAGCCAUUUCAUCGAUUAGUGAGUCGGUCCAUCAUGCAGUUUUGGACUGGCCUACUAGAAUGAAAAUCGCUACUGACGCUGCUCAAGGAUUAAGUUAUCUGCACAAUGAUUGUUCACCUCCUAUUAUUCAUAGAGAUGUGAAAUCCAGUAAUAUUUUGCUGGAUUCCAAAUUCAAUGCCAAGAUUGCUGAUUUCGGGUUAGCAAAGAUUUUGGCUAAGCCAGGAGAGUCUCACACAGUCUCUGUUGUUGCAGGAUCUUUUGGAUAUAUGGCUCCAGAAUAUUGCUGUACAACCAAGGUGGAUGAGAAGAUUGACAUAUACAGCUUUGGAGUAGUUUUACUUGAGCUAGUUACAGGGAAAGAGCCCCACAUCGGAGAUGAGCACUCAAAUCUUGCUGAGUGGACGUGGAAGCAUUACAGCGAAGGGAAUUCAAUUGAGGAUGUUUUUGACAAGGAAGUGCAGGAGUCUUGCUACUUAGAAGAGAUGAACAAUGUGCUCAAGAUUGGGUUGAUGUGCACCAGCACAUUACCUUCUUCAAGGCCAUCAAUGAAGCAGGUUUUACAGAUACUUCAACAAUGCAGCAAUCUAGAAAAUUCAUAUAGAGCUAAGGCAAGGAAUGAACGCGGAAUUGCCCCUCUUCUUGGCGGUGGAAAUUCUAUCUCUAGUAUUCUAGUUGUAUAAAUUCCAACAGGACAAUUAACAUAGGAUAUCUAUGACAUGGUCUGAAUUUGUACUCAUGAGGACACAAGGCAGUGUGUUUUUUCAAAAGCUAAGUUCAAUGAGAGCUAGGUAACAGGAAGUGCUGAAAAUAUGUCUUCCAAUCGUAAUCAUAUAUACUUCAUACUAUUUUAGAAUGUCCCAAACACUUCACAUUUUCCCUUAGUCGUAUCUUGUUUCAAGUUAUGAGUUUGAUUAUACAGUUCCAUGACUCAUUACAGUUGUUGCAGUAUUCCACAAUUUUCCCUUUCCAGCUAUCAAGUAAUAUAAGAGUAGAAAUCCUCUAUUUGUCUCGAUGUAUAUUUUUCUAACUACUAGACUCUUAAUACGAAAGUGAACCAUAUAAUAAAAUCUGAUCUGAUCCGGUGAACUGAAUUUUUUGAGGUUCAAACUUAUACCGAGAAAGAUGAGAAAAAAGGAGCUGGAGGAAGAUCAAAAUAGGUAGGCAGACUAGCCAAAGUAGUCCUAGUCAAGAAAAUCCAGCAGCAGAAAGGUUCAACAUUUUGAACAUUUCUUGAUCAACCUUCUCCGGUUGUCACAUCCACAAGAAGAUUAGCAACAAAUAAUUUUCGAAAAUCUUAUUUUCCUCCUCUCAUUGUUCUCUAGAAUUACUUGUUUUCUAGAACACUGAGAUUUUCAGUUUGUUACCCCAUGAAAAGUCAUAUAUCCACGAGGCAAAAUUAGGAGUAAUUUACGUUUAAAUAAAAUCAUUUCACGAAAUAUUUUAACACCACCUGUAUGCCCUCCAUAUCUGAUACCGGAGUUGAGAACUUUCAUGCUGUAUGAAAAAUGUAGCAUGCAUAUAACUUAUCUCAAUCCUCA